AUGGGUGACUACGUGACGCCAGCGGCUAUGCCGCAGCCUAAGUUGAAAAGAACCAACACCGGGUUCACACAAAACCAGAUCAUUGCCUAUGAUGCACAGAUCCCAGAGUCGGCAAAGCAGAUCUGGCGCAAGUACUCCAAGCUCCAGAACAUGGACACCUCCAAAAAAUUGGGAGCUGAGGAGGAGAGGAAGAACGUCAUCAACAACGACGAGUUCGAGCAGUCUUUUGUCAGCAAAGUCGAGUUCAACUUGGCCAGAAACAUGUACAAUUGCGAUAACAUGGCCGCCUACCACGCUGCGCUGGAGUCCAUCAGAGACAACUUGCUUGUGGACUGGGCAAACACCCAGCAGAAGCAGACCAUUCAUGACGGGAAGCGUGUGUACUACUUGUCGCUUGAGUUUCUCAUGGGCAGAGCUAUGGACAAUGCCUUAAUCAACUUGAAGAGCCGUGGGGUGGUGCUGCAGGCGCUCAAUGGGUUGGGUUUCAACCUUGAGGAUGUGCUUGAAGAGGAACCUGAUGCCGGGCUUGGAAAUGGUGGUUUGGGCAGGUUGGCUGCCUGUUUCGUGGAUUCCCUUUCCUCCAAGAACUAUUCUGGUUGGGGGUACGGCUUGAACUACCAGUAUGGUAUUUUUCGCCAGAGAAUCAUCGAUGGAUACCAGGUCGAGACUCCAGAUUACUGGUUGAAGGAUUCGAACCCUUGGGAAAUUGACAGACACGAGAUCCAGAUUCCUGUCAACUUCUACGGAGACGUCGAGGAAGUGUUAGAUGAGAAAACUGGUUUGACCAAGACUGUGUGGCACGGUGGUGAUAGAGUGUUGGCCGUUGCUUGUGAUUUCCCUGUGCCAGGCUAUAAUACUACCAACACCAACAACUUGCGUUUGUGGAACGCCAAACCUACCAGUGAGUUUGACUUCAACAAAUUCAACUCUGGUGACUACCAACAGUCUGUGGCUGCACAGCAGAACGCUGAGUCUAUCACUGCUGUUUUGUACCCAAACGAUAAUUUCGACAAGGGUAAAGAGUUGCGUUUGAAGCAGCAGUACUUCUGGGUGGCUGCCUCCUUGCAUGAUAUCGUCAGAAGAUUCAAAAAGAACCACAAGAGCGACUUCGCCAAAUUCCCUGACCAGGUUGCCAUUCAGUUGAACGACACUCACCCCACUUUGGCCAUCGUGGAGUUACAAAGAAUCUUGGUGGACAUUGAAGGCUUGCCUUGGGAUGAUGCUUGGGCCAUUGUCACUAAAACAUUCGCCUACACCAACCACACGGUGAUGACUGAGGCAUUGGAGAAAUGGCCUGUUCAUCUUUUAGGUAACUUAUUGCCUAGACACUUACAGAUCAUUUACGACAUCAACUAUUACUUCUUGAAGAGCGUGGAGUCAAGGUUUCCUGAGGACAGAGACUUGCUCAGUCGUGUUUCUGUAAUUGAAGAAAGUGAGCCUAAGUCCGUUAGAAUGGCUUACUUGGCAAUCAUUGGUUCUCACAAGGUCAACGGAGUGGCUGAAUUGCAUUCUGAAUUGAUCAAGACGACUAUCUUCAAGGACUUCGUCAAGGUGUUUGGCCCCGACAAGUUCAUCAACGUCACUAACGGUAUUACUCCAAGAAGAUGGUUGCGCCAGGCGAACCCAGAAUUGGCGGCAUUGAUUUCUGAAGUGCUUGAUGAUAAAGACUACGAGUAUUUGACUCACUUGGGUCGUUUGAAACAGCUCGAAAAAUUUGUGGACGACGACAGCUUCUUGAAGCGCUGGGACGCCAUCAAGUUUAACAACAAACGGAGGCUUGCAACCCUUGUGAGGACAGAGACUGGCAUAGAGUUGGACCCCACUGUAAUGUUCGACGUGCAAGUGAAGAGAAUCCACGAGUACAAGAGACAGCAAUUAAAUAUCUUUGCUGCAAUCUACAGGUACUUGAGAAUCAAAGAGUUGAUUCAGGAAGGUGUCUCUAUUGACGACAUUAAGUUGAAGCACUACAUAUCCAAGGCUACCAUCAUUGGUGGUAAAGCCGCUCCUGGUUACUACAUGGCCAAGACCAUCAUUCACUUGGUCAAUGUUGUUGGUGAGGUUGUCAACAACGAUCCUGAGAUUGACAAUUUGUUGAAGGUGGUCUUCAUUCCUGACUACAAUGUGUCGAAGGCCGAGAUUAUCUGCCCAGGUUCUGACUUGUCUAAUCACAUCUCCACCGCUGGUACAGAGGCUCUGGGUACGUCCAACAUGAAAUUUGCCCUCAACGGUGGCCUUAUAAUUGGAACAGUGGAUGGUGCCAAUGUCGAGAUUACCAGAGAGAUAGGUGAGGAGAACAUCUUCUUGUUCGGUAACUUGGCCGAGUCUGUGGAAGAGAUUAGACACAAGCACCGGUUUGAAGGCGUCAAAGUGCCAGCCACGUUGCAGAGGGUGUUUGACGCAAUCUACCUGGGCAUGUUUGGCGACCCACACGAGUUCAGGCCCUUGAUCGAGUCCAUCACUCACCACGGCGAUUACUACUUAGUGACCGAUGACUUCGACUUAUACUUAGAGUGCCAGGAUAGACUUGAGAAGAUCUACGGCCACCACGGCGGAGACCUGCAAGACAAGGACCACUUGCACCAGUGGGUGAAGAAGUCAGUUUUGUCUGUGGCCAAUAUGGGAUUCUUCUCCUCAGACCGGUGUAUCGACGAGUAUGCCGAGAACAUUUGGAACGUGGAGCCUCUCAGCAGCUGA